ACACACACACACGAAUAUUAUUCAGCCAGGGAAAAAGAAUGAAAUCACAUCAUUUGUAGCAACGUUAAUGGAACUGGAGGUGGUCACAUUAAGUGAAAUAAGUCAGGCACAUUAGACAACUAUCACAAGUUCUCAGGCCCCUGCCACCCUCUUCCCGGCAGGGCGUGGCUCCCAGUGGCUUCCCGUUAGGUGCCUCCUCCCCGGGGCGCAGACGCUAAUUUCCGCCCAGAUAUUUAAGUUUCGUUUCCCAAGGCCACUGCUAGUUCUUCGUCCCGCGGCUUUCCCCUAAGGCGCAUUCUUCUUUCGGGGAGCAGAGAGCGCCAGCCAUGGACCCUCAGCGCGGAAAGGCGACGCCGGCAGCUUGGAACGCGGGAGCCGCGGUCCCCAUGGUUUUGGCGCGGAGUUGGUGGGGCGCCCGGACGGAACCCCGUGAGUCUCCAGCCGCCCCCAGGGCCGCCCAGGCCCACGCGGGGAGCGGCGGCUGCGCCUGGGGGUCGGGAUCCCAGCAGUUGCAUAGGGCGCAGGAGCAGUGGGCUUGGGCGGAGGGACUGGAGCCCCUGGUGUUCCCAGGGCCGCCCCUUCCCUGGGCUGGGUUCCACCCCGCGGGCGGCGCGCGCUGUCCCUGGGAGCAGACGCUCGCGCCCAGGCCCGCGAAGGUGCCCCGCCUCGGCCCGCGGGUUCCAGCUGCAAGUCUCGGCCGCGGGGAGGCGGCGCCUGGGGGCUGGAAGCUCCGGGCGGUGCUGGAGAAGUUGAAGUUGAGCCGCCAGGAGGUCUCGGACAAUGCCCAGGUGGUGAACCGGGUCGUGGACCACCUCCUGGAGAGACUGCAGAGCCGCGAGUCCGAGUUCAAAGGCAUCAGCAAGGUGCCGCUGCGCACCGGGAGCUACUAUGAGCGAGUGAAGAUUUCUGUACCCAAUGAAUUCGACGUCAUGUUUAAACUGGAAGUCCCCAGAAUUGAGCUGGAAGAGUAUGCCAACAGUGGUGUGUAUUACUUUGUGAAGUUCAGAAUAAAUCCGAUAGGAAAUCCUCUGAGUCCGUUUUUAUCAGCUUCUAAGGUGCUGUGGAAGUUUAGGGACAUCAUUAAGGAAGAAAUUAAAGAUAUAGAAGGUACAGAUGUCAUUGUGGAGAAGAAGAGAGGAGGGAGCCCUGCUGUAACGCUUCUUAUUGGAGAACGUGAAAAAAUAUCUGUGGACAUAAUCCUGGCUUUGGAAUCGACGAGUAGCUGGCCUCCCAGCACCCAGGAAGGCAUGCCCAUCAGUAAAUGGCUCGGACCAAAAAUUAGGGACGAACUAAGACGACAGCCGUUUUACCUCGUGCCAAAGCAUGCCAAGGAAGCAAAUGGUUUUCAAGAAGAAACGUGGCGCCUAUCCUUCUCUCACAUUGAAAAGCAGAUUUUGAAAGAUCAUGGAAAAGGUUGCUGUGAGGAAGGGGAACCGAAAUGCUGCAGGAAAGGUUGCCUAAAACUAAUGAAAUACCUUUUAGAACAGCUGAAAAAAAAGUUUGAGAACAGAAAAGAACUGAAUAAAUUCUGUUCCUACCAUGUGAAAACCGCCUUCUUCCACGUUUGUACCCAGUACUACGCGGACAGUCAGUGGCGCCCCCAAUACCUGGAAGUCCGCUUUGAUGACUUCGUGACGUACUUCCUUGAGUGCCUCAGGACAGAACAACUGCGGCAUUAUUUUGUUCCUGCAUUCAAUCUAUUCUCUCCUGACCAAAUUGACAAAACAAGUAAGGAAUUUCUGUCAAAGCAAAUUGAGUAUGAAAGAAACAAUGGGUUUCCAAUUUUUCGUGACUUUUGAGAUUAUAUUUUUAAAAAGGGUCAAGAAUAAUUAAUAAUUGGAAUGUUUGAGAUUUGUUAUAGCAAUGGUUGACUAAAAUGAAUGUAAAUCAUUAUUCAGUUCUCAGUUUGUUGUAAUGAACUCUAAUCAGUUUUCUAGGAAAGAGAUUAGUGAAGCAAUAAGAAGCAAAAGGAGUAUGUAAAAUCUAAAAACAUUACCAGAUAGGAAUGAAAAAA